AUGCUUCGUCCACUUGGGGGCGGACGGACCUUCCGAUCAAUCGCAUCGCCCCGACAGCCUGGUCAUUGCGCUCACAUACCAUCAGGCCUCAAGCGUAUCAGAGACGAUCUCCGGCAGACUGGUCUCGACAUGUCGAUCGAGCAGAAAGACGCACCUUCGGGCUCAGCAUCGGCUUCAAAACCCUCAACUCGCGACCCAGCGGUCAAAUCUCAUCUGCCGGGCGGCAAGCAUCGACAUCGGCGACUCCAACAGCAAUGUCUCGAGCCCUCAGCGCCAAAUUUCUCACGCUCGCGACCGCAAGUAUGGCUCGAACUGCUUGGCAUCACUGAAGAUCACAUACAAGCGCAUAUCUUGUCCUUGUCAGCCAGCAAACUUCGACCUGCCGAGCACUCUUCUUCUGGGACCAAGUCUGACCUGGUCACAGAGUCGAAGUCAUCCUCAAUACCAGUCGACAAGGAUGGAUGGCAGGUCGCUGAUGACGAUCUCUUACAAGGCGACGCAGGUCACGGACGGAGCACCACGAGCAGUGGUCGGAACGGUAGCUCCGAGGAAGGUGGCGAUGAGUGGAAGGUGGUCAAGUCGAAGAGGUCGAAGAGGCGCAAAGAUGUCGGAUCGGAAUCAGCAGCAUCUGAGAAGCAUUCACCCAACUUGGGCAGACAGAGAGAAGGUGAUGAUGUAAGCGCGUCUGGCGAGUCGUCCCCGUCUUCGCAGAUGGGCAUGUCGCCGAACCCAGACACCGACAGCGCGCCACAGAAGGGCCAAGACUCGAAUGGGGACCAGACCGAGUCUCAAGAUUCCUCACGACAAUACCCCAAUUUGUCCAGCAGAGACGUGGAGCAAGUGGCCAAAGACGUCGAGCGAAGCUUCAUCGGUCCAGCAUUCACGUCUUUCUUCCCACUCAACCGUCACGAUGAUGCAGUCGACGCCCCCUCGGCCACACCACAGCUCAAGACACUUCGUCGAAAACAACUCUCCCACCUCAUACUCGCAACCCUCUCCCGCCAUCCAUCUCUUUCCUACUUCCAAGGCUACCACGACAUCCUCACCGUCCUGCUCCUCACUCUGUCACCCGACGCUCCGUCCACCACCCACCUCUUCCCCUCCCUGCGCACGCAAUCCAUCCUUGAACUCUGCGCAGAACGCAUCAGCCUCUUCCUCAUCCGAGACAGCAUGACCCGCGAUCUGCUGCCGAUAAUGGGUCAGCUCAAGCUGCUCUCCAACCUCGUCCGUUGUGCCGACCCGCAGUUUGCGCAGCUGGUGGAUCGCGCGUCUCCGCUGCCGUUCUUCGCGCUGCCGUGGCUCUUGACGCUGUUGACGCACGAUGCGGGGGAUGUGGCGGUGAUGCAGCGCGUGAUGGAGUUCGUGUUGGCGUAUGGACCGGUGUCGGCGAUUUAUCUCUGUGCGAGUGUGGUGGUGAAGGGGAAGAAGGGGGAGGUGGAGGGGAUGGGGGAGGAGGUGCUGGAGGAUCCGGCUAUGUUGCAUGCUGUGUUGGGGAGGUUGCCGACGAUAGUGGCUGACGAGGAGGCAGAGGUGCAGCGAGUGGAUCUGAAGGGAGACAGGAAAGAAGCGUCGGAGAAGCGAACCGACGAAGGGAAAACGAGCGGAUCACCUGAUUCAACAGCCAUCUAUACGGAUCCGGACGUAGAGCUUCCGAGUCUUGCAUCGGAUCGUGCGCUGGCAGCGGGUAGCGAUGGAGCUGCAACGACUGGAGAAAAGAAGCCGAUCAAGCAAGGGAUUCCGAUAUCGACGUUGCUGCAAGGUGCGGUGCAAUUAAUGGAGAAGUAUCCCCUGUCAUCGGAUGCAUGCCAAGCGCAUGCUAUCAUGGGUCCGAAGAGCGUCCUCUUCACCUGGUCGGAAACAUUCGACCCUCGCACCACGUCAACAACACCGAACGACACAGACAGCAGCCCUGCUGGCGAUGUCGAUUGGCAACGCGCCACGGAUCUCGCCAUAUCCGCUCUCACCGGCCCCACCGAGGAUAUCGUGCAAGAUCCGCACCCGUCCCCCUCCGUCGAAGACGAUCUCCCGGUAUCUGACGAGAAACACCACAAUGUCGACGAGAAGCGCCGUCGCUGGCAUCUGACCAAGAGCACAAAAGCGGCCCAUCCGGCGACGCAGAUGCUCGCCGUCGUCGGCAUUUCCGGCCUGCUCGUCGCUGCGCUCUUCAGCGCAGGUGCCGGGCAGAGUCAGACGAGGAUCGGGACGGAGGAGACCAAGCGCGUGUUGACGUUGAUCGUGUCCCUGCUGAGUGGGUGGGGGAGGGUGGUGGGUGGGUCUGCUUAG